AAACACGCCCCCUGCAUCCCUGCUCCCCUCUGCAGCGCUCAUUGUCGUUCCAACGCGCUCAUCUUGUCCUAUAUCGCCUGAUGUCAGCACCAAACGCGCCAUCCAGCGUCGAUCUGCCAGCGCAGACCAUCGUCUCCACCGUCGAAGACGUAAUCACCCAGGACAACCUCCCCGCUGAAAAAUGGUUCAAGCUCACCUUCACAUGGUCCGGCAAGCCCUUCGCCCUCGAGCUCGCAGAAUCGGACAGAGUGUUCGAUCUCAAGGCUGCCCUGAUGAGCCUUACCAAUGUUCCUCCAGAGAGACAGAAGAUACUCGGACUUGUCAAAGGCAAGCUUCCCCCAGAUCAAGACCGAAUCGCUGAUCUCAAGCUGAGCACGGGAAAGAAGUUCACCCUGAUUGGGACGCCCGAGGGUGCCGAGAUCAAAGACCCCUCCCAACUCGAGUUCCUGCCCGAUGUCGUCAAUGACCUCGAUGUCGACUUCACUGAGAAUCCUGCCGCGGCGAUGGCAUACUUAAACGAUCAGCGCAACAUUCGGAAGGUCAAGGAGAUAUCCAAAGGGCUCGAGAUCAACAUCAUACAUCCGCUACGCCCAGGCAAACGCUUGCUAGUGCUGGACAUUGACUAUACUAUUCUUGACACUAAACCGUUAACAUCAGGGUCGCUACCCCCAGCGGAGUGCGCACGACCGGGGCUUCAUGAAUUUCUCGAGGCAAUAUACCCGUACUAUGAUAUUUGCAUAUGGUCUCAGACGAGUUGGAGAUGGCUUGAAGCCAAGCUCGUAGAACUUGAGAUGAUAGGGUCCACGAAGAAUUACCAAAUUUCGUUUGUGCUAGACAAGACCACGAUGUUUACCGUCUUCUCCGAACGGAAGGGUCAGACCUACUCUCAUUCGGUGAAGCCGUUGCAGAUCAUCUGGAACCAUUUCCCGCAAUAUAGCGCCAAGAACACGAUCCACGUGGACGAUCUAAGUCGGAAUUUUGCGCUCAAUCCCAACGAAGGGCUCAAGAUAAGGGCGUUCAAAAACGCGUAUAGCGAGGAAGCGCUGAGCGACCGCGAGCUCGAGAAGGUCGGCAAGUACCUGCUGCACAUCGUCAGCGUCGAGGACUUUAGGUCUUUACGGCAUAAAGAUUGGAAGAACAUUGUUCGUAGUUUACCUUAAUCUGUAUUAUAGUGUAAUGAGGGUAACAGGAGGGUUCUCAGACUCUUUAGCCCCUAUGUUGCGCGACGGGUUAGUCGCGAUUUUCGGCGCGUCGUUGUCUGUCUUCACCGGACGCGUUUCUCCCAUACAAC